AUGGCCGAUUACUAUGGACUUUUCGCUAGCGAGGCGAGAUCAGUGUCUGACGGCGAGUCCGACGGCGAACGUCGACUUCGUAGAAGUCGUCGAAAGCGGGGCGGCGGUCGUUACAGACCAUACUCGCCGGGAAAUUCUGAUGAGGAAACCGCUAAGGAUUUUGACAAGAAGCAGAAGAAUAAGAGAGCUGAGAAACCAGACAGAUUCGGAAUGGCUCCUCCAAACAGUACACAAUUCCUCUUGGAUGAUCGUGAAGCUCGAGCAGAUGCUGAAUUCGAGAACGAGCAAAGAUUCGAGGCAGCCGAACGUCGGCGUGUCCGUACAAUGAGUGGAUCCUAUGACCACAUGCGUCCAGCCUACUGGUGUACUAUCGAGCCGGCGACCACAACAACGUACCACGACGACGAUGACCGUCAUGAUGUGGAUAGCGGUAGCAGCAGUUCCGGAGAGAGUGAGGCUGAUCGUGAGAUGGAACGAGAAUUCGAGACGGACUAUUUGGAAGUGAAGCGAGAGAGAAUUCAGAGUAUGACGAAGUCACAGCUCGCCGCCGAACUUCUCGAACGAGACCAAGACACUCAACAACUUGCUCGCGAGCUCGGAUCAAAGGAAUCCGAGAAUCAACAUCUCCGAAAACUUCUCUACGCCCAUGGAAUCUCUCCAGAUGAGCCGGUGACUUCUACGACGACAAUCGAUGUCGUUGUUGGAUCCAAAUCCCCGGUCAUCGCUAAUUGA